AGGCGGAGCUGUGCACCAAGUCAAAGGUCUAUGACAAUAAUUAAAAGAAAGACUGAUGAUAAUGAUGAUGAUGAAGAAUACAUACCAGACAAAACAAAGAGACAUAAGAAUGUUGGUAUAUCACCAUAUGAACAACAUCAAUCUCCAUAUCGUAAACCAUUAUCAGAUAUUAUCAACAAAUACUCAGCCAUUGUUACAGACACAUCUUCUCAUGAAGCUAUUAUUAAGAAAAUAUUGUCAAAACCAUUUAAAAUUCCUAUACCAAAUUAUCAAGGUAAGAUAAUUUUAAAUAAAGCGCUUGGUGUUAGAAGACAAGGUACAAGACAAGCUUUACAUGAUCCCUGUGAGAAUGGUGCAUUGAUAUUACAUACCCCACCAGAACUUAGUGCUCAUGAUCAAAUGAAAACUGAUAGUGAGAAAGUACCAGUCCAUGUUGUUGUUGAUCCUUUGUUAUCUGCUGUUCUUAGACCUCACCAAAGGGAGGGUGUGAAAUUUAUGUAUGAUUGUGUGGUUGGUGUACAGAUAGAGAAUAGUUAUGGUUGUAUUAUGGCAGAUGAAAUGGGUCUUGGUAAAACCUUACAGUGUAUUACAUUAGUUUGGACUUUACUGAGACAAAGUCCAGAUUGUAGUCCUACCAUUGAUAAAGGUAUUAUUGUAUCACCUAGCAGUCUUGUAAAGAAUUGGUAUAAUGAGUUUAAUAAAUGGCUACCAGGUAAAGUAAGAUGUCUAGUUAUUGACUCAGGGAGUAAAAGUGAAAUUGAUAAAAACCUAAGUCAAUUUAUGCAGCAGUCUGGUAAAAGAGUACAUCUACCUAUAUUGAUAAUAUCUUAUGAAACAUUUCGUCUACAUUCUCAUGUAUUACAUAAAGGAUCUGUUGGACUUGUUAUAUGUGAUGAGGGACAUAGAUUAAAAAAUUCUGAAAAUCAGACAUAUAAGGCAUUAAAUGAAUUAAAUGCUAAAAGAAGAAUAUUAUUAUCAGGAACUCCUAUACAAAAUGAUCUUUUAGAAUAUUUUAGUUUGGUACAUUUUGUUAAUACUGGCAUUUUAGGAACUGCUCAAGAAUUUAAAAGAAAGUUUGAAACUCCGAUAUUACGUGGUAGAGAUGCUGGUGCUAGUGAUUCUGAUCAUAAAAAAGGAGAAGAAAAACUUCAAGAGUUGGCCACUAUUGUUAAUAAAUGUAUUAUAAGAAGAACGCAGGCAUUAUUAACCAAAUAUCUACCAGUUAAAAUUGAACAAGUCAUCUGUUGUAAAUUAACACCAUUACAAAUGUGUAUUUAUAAGAAGUUUGUAGAGAGUAGAAGUGAAGAGUUAGAAACUAGUGGUAAAAUGUCUGUUAGUAGUUUAUCUUCAAUAACACAACUUAAAAAACUCUGUAAUCAUCCUGACUUAAUAUUCGAUAAAUGUGUAGAAGGUAGUUCUGGAUUUGAAGAUAUGUUAGAGUUAUUUCCCCCUGGAUAUAGUCUCAAAACAGUCAAUCCAUCUUUAUCAGGGAAGUUUAUUGUAUUAGAUACACUAUUAGCUGUAGUAAAAUCAACUAGUAAUGAUAAAGUAGUCUUAGUAUCUAACUAUACUCAGACAUUAGAUCUAUUUGAAAAACUGUGCAGACAGAGAAAUUAUUUGUUUGUAAGAUUAGAUGGAACUAUGACUGUUAAGAAAAGAGCUAAAAUUGUGGAGAGGUUCAACAACCCUUGUAAUCCAGAGUUCAUAUUUAUGUUGAGUAGUAAAGCUGGUGGGUGUGGUUUAAAUUUGAUUGGUGCUAAUAGAUUAGUAAUGUUUGAUCCUGAUUGGAAUCCUGCUAAUGAUGAUCAGGCUAUGGCUAGAUGUUGGAGAGAUGGUCAGAAGAAACAAUGCUUUAUAUAUAGACUAAUUGCAACGGGUACUAUAGAAGAAAAGAUAUUCCAAAGACAAGCACAUAAGAAAGCUUUAAGUAGUUGUGUUAUUGAUAAAGAAGAAGAUGUUGAAAGACAUUUUAGUUUAAAUGAAUUACGUGAUUUGUUCACCCUUAAUGAAAAUACUGUCAGUGAUACACAUGAAAAAUUUAAAUGUCGAAGAUGUGUUAAUAAUAUACAAGUUCGACCUCCAGCACCUGAUACAGACUGUAACUCAGAUCUCUCUCAUUGGAAUCAUUGUGCUGAUAAAAAAGGACUAGUUGAUCUGGCAUUAAAAUCAGCUUGGGAUUCUGCCAUAUCUUUCACAUUUUACCAUCAUUCUCAUGAAGAACAGAGAAAGACUGUAUGA